AUGAAUGACAAUGAAAAAUUAUUUCAAUGUGCUAUUACCGAAUACGAACUAAAUAACAUUCCUAUAAGAAAAUUUAAAAACAAAAAAAGGAUUGGAAGAGGAGCGUUCGGCUAUGUAUUUAAAUGCAAUAUCGACGGAGAUUCUAGAAUGGUGGCAAUAAAAGAAAUAUCUGUUAGCAAUGAAAACGACAGUACAUCUAUUAAGAACUUCCUUAAUGAGUUAAAAUUACAUAGCAAGGCUAAGAACCGUCGUAUUAUUGAGUUAUUUGGAAUGAGUUAUGAUUCAAAUGAAGAUUUAUGUUACCUCGUGAUGGAACUUGCCGAGUGUCAUUUAAGAGAAUACUUAUCUAAUAAAAAGGAUGGACUUCCAUGGAAUAAAAAAAUAGAACUUGCGAUUCAAUUAACAGAAGGACUGUCUUAUAUUCAUAAUACGAUGAAUGUAGCACACCGUGAUUUGCACACUAAAAAUGUCUUAAUUUGGCAAGGAAACGUAAAAAUAGCGGACUUUGGACUGUCGAAAAACCUUAACAGUGCAACUUCAAGUAAAAAUAAUGUUUUUGGAGUUAUUCCCUUCAUCGAUCCUCAAAAAUUAGAAGAUUCUUGUUAUAAGCUGAAUACAAAAUCCGAUAUCUACGGUCUUGGUGUGAUACUCUGGGAAAUUUCAAGUUGUUUCCCACCAUUUUAUCAACAAGAUGAUGGCAUUUCCAUUAUUAAAAACAUAAUACAAAAUGUACGCGAAGCCCCUAUUAUUGGGACACCUUUGUCUUUUAUUCAACUUUAUUCUAAAUGCUGGGAUGCGUUACCUUCGCUUCGUCCUACUACGGAUCAAAUUCUUAAUAAAUUAAAUUCCUUAUCUCUCGAGCCAAUAUAUCAUGGGACUAACUACAAUAAUAAUAUGGUGUCAAAUACAAGCGAUUAUUUCACAGAUAAUUUUGAAGAAUCCUUAGAUGACAGUAUAAGUAGCGGUUUAUCAGAAUAUCAUUUUCUAUAUCCAACUAACUCUGCUCCAAGUUUUAUAGCUGAUUACUCGUCCAAGCCUGUUAAAAAAGAGGAACUGCGCAUUGCAGUAGAUCAUUAUUGUGAAAAGGAUUGCAAUAUGCGCAUUCGUAAAUUUUUUCAGGAACAGCAUUCGCAUUGGACAUGCGGUAAUUUAGAAAUCGAUAAAAUGAUUCGAGAAUUUCAGGAAGGAGUAUGGAGUACAGAUCUCAUUCUCGAAUGGAUACCCUUUGAACAAUUUUACGAUAUAAAAAAAGUAAACGAAAGUAUGUUUAGCAUUACGUAUUCUGCAUAUUGGAGAGACGGACCAUUGCUUAUGAAAGAUUUACCAGAAAAUGAAAGAAUAUUUAAAAUAUUUUAUCGGAAAGGUAUCAUAAAAGUUGCAUUGAAAAAAUUUAAAUACCAAAAUACUUCCACAGAUUAUAUUAAGGAUUUUAUUAAGGAG